UUCAAGCUGAUGAAUGUGCUUGAAGACAUUUUGAUACUGAGUGCCCUUGGACUUGUCGUGCUGCUGACUCUCGGUGUUAUCAAGUGGCUGAUGGGAUUCUGCGUGUCAGGAUUGAGCCAGUGGGGAUUGGAUACACUCUUGGAGGGUACAAAAAUUGACGAGUGCUAUAACACACAUUCCAGAUGUAAAUGUUUGGUGAAUGGUGACAAAGAGAAUUUAAUUCAUUCAAACUGUAGUCCACGCACGAUCCGAAUAUGCAGCAGAAAACUCGAGUUUUUACUUAAUUUAGUUUUUUUCCUGACGUAUCCAAUCGCCGCCUGUGGCCAAUGCACGAGGGCAUGUUGUAAGAAAAAAUCGAAAGCCUCAGCUGAUGAAUCCAAGAUGAGUCUCAUCACCAGUAAGAAGACUCACCCCAGGACAAUAUGCGUUCCCUCCUACGGAGAGUGCAAAAAUUCAAAGCUCGAAGCUGAGGACACGAAGUACGUGGUCCAGGAGUUGAAAAAUUCUGGUGAAUCUCUCGACUCGAAAAAGAGACAAAACAAGAGAGUCCUAAAGCCCCGGAGGAGCGCCAGCUUAUCAGGAAAAUUAUCUCGGAAAACAUCAUCGGCCGAACGACUGGUAAAUGAUCUCCUGAGAAAAAGAAUUGUCUUCAGGAAUUUGAAAGAACCAAUCGGUGAGCUCGAUGUGCCAGCGGGUAAAAUUUACUCAUUGCGGGGAUAUUUCAUGAACGCCGAGAAUAAUGGCUACAGAUUUAUCACUCCCUGCCCCUUCAAGCAGCACUGGCUGAUAGACGCUGACGAUGCAGCCCAGCCCUGCUCUCCUCCCUCAGUACGUCAAAGCACACCUUUCACGAGGAAUUUCAGAAAUGCUAGAGAAGUUUACGAAAGCAACGAAAUGUCACUCUUGCCCAGAGCUGUCUGCAUAAAUGUACGUUUUCCACCGUCUGACCUGAGUGAAUAACGAGACAACAGAGCGAUUUCUUUUAUAUUUUUAUUAAUAUUUAUGAGGACGCGCGUCCGGAUGAAUGAAUUGACACCGGGAAUGCCUGGGAGCCCCAGAGAAAGACCCUUUCACCUUUAAAAUCAUCUGAUGACCGCAUUCUCUCAUUUUUAGUGGUACAAAACCACCUGUUUCA